AUGCCGCCUUGCGCCACACAAUCGUCGUCUAACUCUUCAUCCGCAACCACCAUCUCCUCCUCCUCUUCCGUGCGCCCGAACAUUACCUCCGCACUAUCCAGGAUUCCUGCGCGCCUCGCCAAAAUGGCCAUUAUGUCGCCUCGCAGCGCGAACUACGAAAGAUUAGAAGGCGGCAUGGGUCCAGGUCGCCGCACCGGUCUCGCAAGAUUCGCAUGGAAAAAGUUCGCUGUUGCUGCUGUCGUUCUUAUAGGACUUGUGUACUUCUUUGGGCCCCGAGAACCGAAGGAUUUGAUGAAAUGGCACAACGAGAAAGAGAAAGAGCCUGCGGAACACAAUGCUAUAGCCUUCCCUGAGGACGACGAGCAAUUGGAUUCACCCGCGCCGCUGGCGACCAUUGAGCCGCCACCAACACAGACCCACAACGACCACACCACCACCCGACCCACAUCUUUCGAAAGCGACCCCGACCCGUCGAAAACGGUGUACUGCACCACUCCCCACGACCCCUCCGCCCACCUCGUCCAAUAUGCACUUAUGAUUGACGCUGGGUCCACCGGCUCGCGCAUCCACGUCUACAAAUUCAACAACUGCGGGCCAUCGGCAACCUACGAAUACGAGACAUUCAAAAUGACACAACCAGGACUGUCGGCGUACUCUGGCAAGCCGGAGGAGGCCGCCCAGAGCUUGGAUGUGUUGAUGGAGGAGGCGAUGAGGGUCGUUCCCGAGGACCUUAGGAAGUGUACUCCUGUUGCGGUGAAGGCGACUGCUGGAUUGAGGCUGCUGGGUACGACGGAGAGUGGGGCUAUUCUGGAUGCUGUGAGAGACCGACUACAUAUGAAGUAUCCGUUCGUACUCGCCGAGAAGGAUGGCGUGGUCGUCAUGGACGGCAAGGACGAGGGCGUGUACGCUUGGAUCACCGCCAACUAUCUGCUCGACACCAUCAGAGCCGACACCCCCACCGACACUCCCACAUACGCAGUCCUUGACCUCGGCGGCGCUUCAACACAAAUUGUCUUUGAGCCCAAGUUCUCGCAGCCCGACUCAUCUCUCGUCGAAGGCGAGCACAAAUACGACUUGACGUUCGGGGGAAAGACCCAUGUGCUCUACCAACAUUCGUACCUCGGUUACGGGCUGAUGCGCGCGAGGAAGCACGUUCAUCAGUUGGUCGACUUUAUGGCGUCGUUGAGGGCGGCGGGCGAUCCUUCCAAGCCCGUGGGUAAUCCUUGCCUGGCGAAGGGGACUGAACGGGUGGUCAGCGUUGCUGACAAGGUGUCGGGUGAGACACGGGAGGUUACAAUGGUCGGUGAAGACAUCGGCAGCUUCGAGGCAUGCAACAGAAUUGUCGAGCUCGUUAUGGCCAAAGACGCCAUAUGCGAGGUGAAACCAUGCUCCUUCGACGGUGUAUACCAGCCCUCCCUCAUGGACAGCUUCCCAGCGGGCAAGGUCCUGCUGCUCUCCUAUUUCUACGACCGUCUGCACCCCCUCCUCCCGAAAGACGCUGCAUCGCCCAUCACGGUAUCCACGCUCUCCUCGCUCGCUACCGACGUGUGCAAAGGCAGAGCUGCCUGGGAAGCGCGCUGGGGGAACGACAAGGAGGUCAUGGAUGAGCUCGAGGGGCGGCCGGAGUGGUGCCUGGAUAUGACGUUCAUGCAUGCGCUGUUAAGGCUUGGAUAUGAGUUUGGGGCGGAGAGGGAGGUGAGGAUAGGUAAGCAGGUCGAGGGGACGGAGCUGGGAUGGUGCCUCGGGGCUACCAUCGCGAUGGUCGGAGGAACAUUGACAUGCAGGAUGUAA